AUGGAAGAGAGACGGAACCGAGACACCUACUGCAUAGAAGCAGACCGCGAGGUUAUGGCCCCCUGUCUUGGCCUGAUUAAGGCAUCCAAAGCAUGCUUGAAAGAGGUGUCUGAAGCAGUUAAGAAUCAUGGAAAGGUCAGUGAACAAGAAUAUAUUGCCCAGAUGGAUGACCCGGCAGACUGCUCUAGUGAAAUCAGUCCAAGUAUAGAUGAACUGGUCUUGUGCCUAUAUCCACCUAGGAAUUAUAUUGCAGAUCAGUUUAAUGCAGCUAAAGUUGCUUCUCUUUUGAAGAAAACAUUGGACAGAGUAGGGAUGAGCCACAUGUGUCCUGAAUCUGAGAACAGCUGGGUACAGUUUCUAAACAGAGCAGUUGAUCAUAACAUGGACAAAGUCAAGGAGUUAACAGCAGCCUCUGCUUAGUUUCUGUAUUAUCCUUUCAUGCAGAUGGGA